CUGGCGGGAAGCUUUAUAUAUUCACACACUAUAAAGGGCACCACACACAUACACACGGAAGAGGUCUCACAGAUACAUACAUACGGAGAGAUGCGUAUACACACACAUCAAUGAGCACGUGAGUGGCUGGCGCCAUCGGCGCAUGAGAGCUACUAAUUCGAUCCACGGUCGGGCUGUCUAACGGUCUGCGCCCCUACGUCAUUCAGUCGUCGUCACAGUGGCCCUGGUCGUACACGGGCCCCGAUUGAUUCUUGAUGCACUGAGUGCGACAGAUGGGACACGGCAUCUUCCUGCCGGUGUGCGUCUUCUUGAGAUUCUCGAAACAACCUAAACGCCCACAUGCGACCACCAAUCCGUGACACACAGCGGCUGGUGCGACACUCACUGGCCCACCCAGGCACCUGUGCAGAGGCAUUUGUGUCGACAUGGCCACAGCGCCACGACAUUGGGCUCCUCCUGGCACACCACGCAUGAUGUGAUGCUCUGCUUGGGCUUGCCCCUCUCCUCAUCCAGCUGCUGCUGCAUAUCAGCGAUCUUCUUGGCCGUCGCCUCCUCCUGACGCUUCAGCUGCUCGGCCGCCUCCUUCUCACGCGCCUCACGCUCGGCCGCGAUGCGCCGCUCCACGUCACGCUGGAAGUCCACACUCUCGAGCCGCCUCUGGUGGUCGAAGGAGCGGCUGAGCAGGUCCUUGAGACCCUGGCUCUCAUGCAGGGCCGCAUCCUGGAAGCUCAUGACAUCCUCGAGUGACCUAAGGGUGUUCAGCUUGUCUAGGGUCAGCCUGACAGACAGAACAGGGCGGACAGAUGGAGAGAGAUGAGGUGGCAAGGAAGGCUGUGGGUGUUGCGUGCCCCACCGCUCCCCGUCGCGUCGCUUGAGCUCGUCAUGCUGCUCGAUUAAGCCCUGCAGACGGGUCUCGGAUGCCUCACGGUCGGUAGCAGCCUGGCCGACCUCAUACACCAACCUGCAGCAGCAGCAGCAGCAGGCGGCACAGAUGCACAAGAAUCCAUGUAAUCGUCGUCUCCUCUCUGUGCUUUCUCACUUGGCGAUGUCCUGAUCGAUUUCCUCCAGCCGCUUGGACGCCAGCACACACCUCUCGGGGAUCUCGAGCUCGCUGCCCUCUAGCUCCUCCAGCCACUGGACGGACUCGCCGGCCGCUGCAGAGGGAGGACCGACCGGCGAGGGGGCUUCUGGGGGCAAGUAGGGGCGCAUGCAAGACCCGUCAUGUGUGUCGGGGGCCGGCUCCUCCGAUGAUGAUGACGCAUCAGGAGUAUUCUGGGCGAGAUGCACCAGCCGGUGGCUACUCGAGAGCACGAGCGCCUGCAGCUCGUUGAAGCGGCCGUUGAUGGUCUCCUGGAAGUGCUUGACGUCAUCAGCAGUGGCCUGGAGGGCAAGUUCGUCGUCGGUGAGGCUGCAACAGGAAAGACAGAUACAUGAAAGGGGGAUAGUGCAUGGAUGGGUGGGGCACGGGCUGCGCGUACGUGGGGUUGGCCGUCUUGAGUCUGUCGUUUUCUUCGACCAGGCGCUCCUCGUGGGAUGUUGACGCCUCGGCCAUGGCCGUCUCAGCCCGCAACCUCUCUUCCAGCCUGCCCCAUACACACAGCCACAAACAGGCGACUAUGCCUCCCGCGAGUAUUCGUGUGGUCAUCGUCUGUGCUUACUCUUUCUUUUGCUUGUGAGCUGAGAUGGCGUCCCUCUUGAUGACCUCCCACCGAUCCGCGGCCGACUGCAGCGAAGCGGCAAUCGCCUCCUGCUGGUCAAGGUCCUCGUCAUCCGCAGCACCACUGCACACACACACACACACACACAGAUCAGACAAGGACGAAUAGCGAUGCGGCCCCUCCCAUAUCUGUGUGUAUGUCUGUGCCGACCGUGCAGGCGGCGGGGGAGCACUCGACGAAGACGACGGCAUGGCAUCGAUCUUAUCCUCAAGACUGCCACGCACACACACGAGCAGCUGGUUGCCGCGAUGGAUGCGGGCAUUGACAGUCACGUACGUGUGAGGGAUGCCUGGAGGGACGGACAGAGGGCCACUGGGCAUCUCAGAACCAACACCAGAGCUGCAGGGAAAGCCAAGAAGAUACAUACCAUCGAUAUGUGCUAUCUACGUGUCGCAUCUCGGCAUUUAUCGACUUACGGGCCCGGCACGUCGUCUGCACCACCCGGCUGGUAUGCCGAUGCCGCACCUCCACCCGCAGCUUUCUUGUCCUUUUUCUUCCCUCUCGUGGUCCCACUCGUUGACGGAAACAGAGACGGUCGGCUGGCAUGAGACUCCAGGCUGCACACACCGAUUCAUCCGGUCGCAUUUUUGUGUCUUCUGACCUCUCCUUCUUGGCUAUGCCGUCGGUCAGGCCCGCCCGCAGCUGAGCCAUCACAUUUGCGGGGGGGAAGCUGCACACACAAGCCACAUUGUCGGCUACAGACCACACAGUCGACUGGGGCUACGUUUCCCUACUGGUCCUGUCGGCUUGACGACUGUGCAGUGGAUGGCCGGUCGAUAGGUGUGGUGCUGGCCGUCGAUGAUGCCGGCGGGUCGGCAAAUGAGGACCUGAUGGAUGGAUGGAUGGAUGACACACAACAGGGCCCCAUCAAAGGAGUCACUCGGUGUGCUGUGAGCGGUUCUUGUGUGUGCCUCACGAUGAGCUGGACGGCCGCUGGGCAGCAAACGAAUGGCUGGCCGGUGCGCCAUGAGCAGGGGAGAGAGGGAGAGGAGGGAAUGGUGGUGGGCGGACAUCAGCUGGAGGCUCCUGGCUGAGGACAUGUUGCUGCUGGUGGUGCUGGUCACUCGGGGCGUCAGAGGAUGCCGGCUCGACACUGUGCACCACACACAAGAAGGACAACAGAUGGGGGCUAUUGGGCAGGAGUGUCAAUGGCUCUGUCUGCACCUGUCGCUGUGUGUGUCUGGCGGGCAGCUCGGCGCAGCAGCUUCCUCCGUCGCAUCAUCUACUUCUUCAGUCUGGUGCUGAGUGUCGUCGGCCUCCUCCGUCUCGCCAUCUCCCGCUGACUCGGCCUGCUCAGCCGCCAAUCGCUGAAGGCAAAAUGACACACACAUGCAGUAUCCAUGUGUGCAGCGGUGGAUGACGGGGGUACUUUGAGUCGCUUCUGCUCGCGCUUUCUGGCGGCCCUCUCCUCCUUCUUGCGGGCCUUCUCCUCCUCUCGCACCAGAUCGGCAGCUGCCGCCGUCCGACGGGCCUCCAGAUGAGCCAUCAACACAUCCACACACGACUGAACACACCAAACAAAUAAAGCGGCUGACGUGGUGUGCCUUCCUCCUGUCUGCUGACCUUGUUGCCGAAUUUGUGGGCGUUAUCCAGGGGUGUCUGGUUCUUCUGGUUGACGGCUCGGCGUCCACGCCCCUCUCCAGCAGCCAGUUAAUCACCUCAGACCACCCAUUGACGGCCGCCAAAUGCAGCAGAGACCAGCCCUCCUUGGUACGGCAGUGCAAGCUAAGCACGGGCCUCUUGCUGCGCCCCCCUUUGCCCUUGGCCGGUGUGCUGCGCGUCAGGCCAUGGCGUUCGAGCACAUCCAGCAUCGCCACUGCACGCAACUGCCGGGCCUUCUCCUUCUGCUCUGCCUCCUUCGCCGCUGUGCCACCGGCCGCCUGCGGUCCCGCAUCUUCUGCAAGACCGUCGCUGUCGGCUUGUCUGCCCUUGCUGGCGGCCUUCUUCCGGCUCUUGCUGACCACCAUGGGCUCAGGAGGGGGCUGGGGAGCUGUCACAUCACACAAGAGCGUCAGCGCGGGGUGUGCAACCGGCGGACCAGUCACCCACUCACCGUUGGUAUCUUGGCUCCCCAU